GGGUUUGUGUCUUUUGAGGAUGUUGCUGUGGACUUCACCUGGGAGGAGUGGCAGAACCUCAGUGAUGUUCAGAGGACUUUGUACAGGGAUGUGAUGCUAGAGACCUACAGCAACCUGGUGUCAUUGGGGCACUGCAUUACCAAACCUGAGGUGAUCUUCAGGUUGGAGCAAGAAGCAGAGCCAUGGGUGAUAGAAGAACCCCCAAACCAGAGCCUACAAGAUGCCCGGAUGUUUGAAGGUCUAAUUACAAAAAGCCAAGAAAGUCAUGGUGCAGAUCUGUGGCAAGUUGCAAUUGCCAACAGCAAUACAUCAACUGAGAGAGUUGAGUCAGAAAAAACAUUUUAUUUGAGCUCAAACUGCAUUUCAAAUCUGAUUACAAAUAGUGAAAACUAUUCAGGAUUGAGGUGUGAAGAGUGUAAUGUAUGUUGGAAUGCACUUUCUCCUAGAGAGCUGGAUUGGAUGCAUGCUGGAGUGAAAUCUGAUGAUGACUGUAUAACUGAGAAAUUAUGCCAACAUUGUGAGCAUAUUAAUCAGCAUUUCAAGAUUCAAGCUGAGCAGCAGCCUUUUGAGUAUAGUGGACAAGGGAAAGCCAUCAGCACAGAGCCAAUAUUAUUGGCAAAUAAGAAGAUACAUAUGGGAGAGACCUCCUGUAAAUUUGAUUAUGGGAAAGAAUUUCAUACAUCAUCUGUUCUUGCUCAUGAGAUAUGUCCAGUAUUAGAGAAAACUUUUCAGUGUGAUGUAUGUUGGAACACAAUCUAUAAAAAGUCUAAACUCACUGAACAUCAGAAAAUACACACAGCAGAGAAACCCUAUAAAUGUAGUGAAUGUGAUAAAUCGUUCAUGAAGAAAUUACCCCUUACAUUCCCUGAGAGGACUCAUAAAGGGGAGAAGAUAUACGUGUGUAAUGAAUGUGGGAAAACCUUUCACAGGAAGUCAAAACUCAGCAGGCAUCAGAGAACUCACACAGGUGAGAAACCAUAUGAAUGUACAGAAUGUAGAAAAUCUUUCUACCGUAAAUCAUGCCUCAAUGUACAUGAAAGAACUCACACAGGUGAGAAACCAUAUGAAUGUAGUGAAUGUGGGAAGACCUUUCAAAAGAAGUCAAACCUUAGCAGGCAUCAGAGAACUCACACAGGUAAGAAACCAUAUGAAUGUAAAGAAUGUAAAAAAUCUUUCUACCGUAAAUCAUGCCUAAAUGUACAUGAAAGAACUCACACAGGUGAGAAACCAUAUGAAUGCAGUGAAUGUGGAAAAACUUUUCAUGAUAAGUCACACCUCAGCAGGCAUCAGAGAAUUCAUAUAGGUAAGAAACCAUAUGAAUGUAAAGAAUGUAGAAAAUGUUUCUACAGUAAAUCACAGCUCAACAUACAUCAAAGAAUUCACACAGGUGAGAAACCAUAUAGUUGUAAAGAAUGUAGAAAAUCUUUCUACCAUAACUCCGACCUCAAUAAACAUAAGAAAGUUCACACAGGGGAAAGGCCUUAUAAAUGUAGUGAAUGUGGAAAAACCUUUCAUUGGCAGUCAAACCUUAGCAAGCAUCAGAAAAUUCACACAGGUAUGAAACCAUACGAAUGUAAAGAAUGUAGAAAAUCUUUCUACAGUAAAUCAGACCUCAGUGUACAUCAGAGAACUCACACAGGUGAGAAACCAUAUGAAUGUAAAGAAUGUAGAAAAUCUUUCUACCAUAACUCAGAUCUCAAUAAACAUAAGAAAAUUCACACAGAGGAAAGGCCCUAUGAAUGUAAUGAGUGUGGAAAAACUUUUAAACAUAUGUCAAGCCUCAGCAAGCAUCAGAGAAUUCACACAGGGGAGAAGCCCUAUGAAUGUACUGAAUGUGGAAAAACCUUUCACAAGAAGUCAAACCUCAGCAAGCAUCAGAGAAUUCACACAUGUGGGAAACCAUAUGAAUAAAAAUGUUAGAAAACUUUCUACAGUAAAUCAGACCUCAGUGUACAUUAAAGAACUCACAGAGGUGUGAAACCAUGUGAAUGGAAUACAUACAGAAAAUCUUUCUAAAAUAAAUCAGACCUCAGUGUACAUCAUACCGUUCACACAGGUGAGAAACCAUGUGAAUGUAAAGAAUAGAAAAAUCUACCAAAAAAUUAUGCCUCUAUAAACAUAAGCAAAUUCACACAGGGACCCUAUGAGUAUGAGUGUGGAAAAAUCUUCAAAUGUAAGUGAAACCUCAGCAAAUAUCAGAGAAUUCACACAGGUGAGAAUCCACAUGACGUAAAGAAUGUAGGAAAUCUUUCUACCAGAAAUCAGACUUUACUAGGCAUGAGUGCAUUCAUAUUGGAAAAGCCCCAUGAAUGUAACACAUUGGAAAAUCCUUUCAACAGAAGUCAUACUUCAGGAUGCAUCAGAGAACUCACAUAAAAGAGAAAACCUAUGAAUAUAUAGCUCUCUGUUGGUAUCCAAAGUUGAUUCAUUUCACAACUUGCCAUGGCUACUGAAAUCUGUGGCUGCUCAAGUCUCUUAAAUAAAAUGUACCAUUUGUGUAACAUUCUGCUAUAUAACUAACAUGAUGUUUAGGCUACUUAUGAUACUGAAUACAAUGCAAAAACUACAUUAGGGGGUUUUUCUAUAGUUUUUAUUGUCCUAUUUUUUUCAAAUGAUUUUGAUCUAUGGUUUGUUGAAUCCACUGAUGUGGAUCUCUUGUUUAUGGAAGGCUAACUAAUAAAUGUGGAAACAUCUUUUUUCAGAAGUCACACCUAAGCAGACAUCAGAGAAUUCACAUAAGGACAAAAAUCUGCAUAGCAGAAACUGGCUAUUUAUUUUCCAAAAAACACUGUCUCUUGCACAGACAGCAUGCAUACUCAGCUUCUUUUUUUUUUUUUUUCCUUUU